AUGGACGAGGCGAAAUUAUCACCCGCAUCACAUUCUAUCAGCCCAUAUUUCAUGGAAAACGAUGAUCCAGAUAAAUUUAUAAAGAAAGGUUUCUCCGGACAUGUCCCAUAUGGCUUCCAACGUUUUGGCGAAUCGUCCAAGAAACUUACAAAUUCCGCUCUUUGUGAUUUCUCUUCUAACUACAGAAGAAGGCAAAGCACUGAGUGGGCUCCAGUGAACGUGGUCAAACCCGAUCCACCCCUGUCCAUCAACCCAACGGAGUUAUAUCACAAGCACGUGGGCAUGUUGCCUAACUACGCGGGUCACGUUCCAGGAUCCAUGUUCAGAUUUGGAAAAACUUACGGCAAUGAUACACGGGACGCAAAACGGUGGUUGCGAGGAGAUUUCUCAUAA